UCUCUCUCUCUCUCUCAGGCAUUCACGUGCCCUUCUCUUCACAAACUUGGCCUCCUCCUCUUCUUAUUCUCUCUACAAAACCCUUUUCCACCAACCAAAAUCUCUCCUUCCUCUGUUUCAUUCUUGUUUCCCUAUGCUCCUUUCCGUUCCAUUUUCAUCUUUUUUCAAGUUUUUCUUUCCUCUUCUUUAGCUUUCCAUGGAUGAAAUCCAAACCCCAUUUGAUUCCAACUCUUGUUGGAAAUACCCACUUCGAGAUUUUAGUGUUUUGUUGUCGGAAACUGCCGAUUGGCUCUGUUUUCCAGGGAAGAAUGAGAAGAAACGGAUGUUUUCGAGGAAAACCCCCCAUGGGUUUGUUUCUUCUCUUCAUUUUGGAUUAGUUUUGUUCCUUUUUGUGGUCAGUUUUGUCUGUGUUCAGCCUGUUUUGAGCCAGGAUUGGGACGGCGUGGUUGUGACUCAGGCUGAUUUUCAAUCCCUUCAGGCAUUCAAGCAAGAACUUGAUGAUCCUAAAGGGUUCUUGAAGAGUUGGAAUGAUAGUGGAUUUGGUGCUUGUUCUGGUGGUUGGGUUGGGAUUAAAUGCGCCAAGGGACAGGUUAUUGUGAUACAGCUUCCAUGGAAGGGAUUAGGAGGUCGAAUCACUGAGAAGAUUGGCCAACUUCAGGCCCUUAGGAAGCUCAGUUUACAUGACAACUUCAUUGCUGGAUCCAUCCCUUCUUCAUUGGGGCUUCUUCCAAAUCUUAGAGGAGUUCAGUUGUUCAAUAAUCGAUUUUCGGGGUCGCUCCCUCCCUCGUUGGGGCGUUGUCCUCUGCUUCAAACUCUUCACAUUAGUAACAAUUUGCUCACCGGAACAAUCCCAUCUAGUUUGGCUAACUCCACCAAACUCUAUUGGCUUAACUUGAGCUAUAACUCGUUUUCCGGUCCGAUCCCGACGAGUCUCACUCGAUCGGUGUCCCUUACUUUCCUCGCUCUUCAACACAACAAUCUCUCAGGCAGCAUUCCCGACUCGUGGGGAAGCGAUGCCACAAACCAGGUGUUUCAGCUCAAGUCUUUGACUCUUGAUGACAACCUCCUCUCAGGUACCAUACCAACUUCUUUAAGCAAGUUAAGUAAGGUUCAAGUGGUUUCCCUUAGCCACAAUAGGCUAAAUGGUGGCCUUCCUGAUGAACUUAGUAGGCUUUCUUUGCUCAAAACUUUGGAUGUUUCUAAUAAUUUCCUUAAUGGAAGCAUACCCCAAAGUUUUGAUGGAUUGAGAAAUCUGUCUGUUCUCAACUUGAGUAGAAACAGAUUCAAUGGUCAUAUACCUUCAACUUUGGGGAACAUUUCAACACUUACUCAACUUGAUCUAUCUCAGAACAAUCUAAGUGGAGAAAUCCCAGCUUCUCUUGCUGAUUUGCAAGCUCUUCAAUCCUUAAACGUCUCGUAUAACAACCUUUCGGGUUCGGUACCGGUGGCCCUUGCCGAAAAAUUCAAUGCGAGUUCCUUUGUUGGGAACAUUCAGCUCUGUGGGUUCAGUGGUGCGAUUCAGUGCCUGUCCCCUGCCCCUUCUCAAGAAGUUCCUGCUCCUCCGCUGGAAAGUUCGACAUCCCGACAUCGGAAAUUAAGUACUAAAGAUAUAAUCCUCAUAGCAGCAGGAUCCCUCCUUGUAGUAUUGGUUAUAGUUUUCUUUGUACUGCUGUGCUGCUUGAUAAGGAAAAGAGCUGCUUCGAAAGAAAAGGAUGGCGGUGAGGCAGCAGCAGCUGCGGCUGUGAGGACCGAGAAGGGUGUCCCUCCGACGAGCAGUGAAGUUGAAGCGGGAGGGGAUGCUGGAGGAAAGCUCGUCCAUUUCGAGGGGCAAACGGUGUUCACAGCAGAUGAUCUUUUGUGUGCAACAGCAGAAAUAAUGGGAAAGAGUACUUAUGGGACUGUUUACAAGGCUACAUUGGAGGAUGGAAGUCAAGUUGCAGUAAAGAGAUUGAGAGAGAAGAUCACUAAGAGCCAGAAGGAAUUUGAAGCAGAGGUCAAUAUACUUGGAAAGAUCAGGCAUCCAAAUCUUCUAGCUUUGAGGGCUUAUUACUUGGGACCUAAAGGAGAAAAGCUUCUUGUUUUCGAUUACAUGCCGAACGGGAGCCUCGCAACGUUCCUGCACGCUCGUGGACCGGAAACAUUCAUCGAUUGGCCGACGAGGAUGAAGAUAGCUCAGGGUAUGACUCGUGGCCUGUGUCACCUUCACGCACACGAGAACAGCAUCCAUGGAAACCUAACAUCCAGCAACAUUCUACUUGAUGAGUACAUAAAUGCUAAGAUUGCAGAUUUUGGCCUGUCAAGGUUGAUGACAGCCGCUGCAAGCUCAAAUGUGAUAGCAACUGCAGGGGCACUCGGGUACCGAGCACCAGAGCUUUCAAAGCUGAAGAAAGCGAAUACGAAAACUGACAUUUACAGCCUUGGAGUGAUCAUAUUGGAACUCCUGACUGGAAAGUCCCCCGGUGAAGCCAUGAACGGAGUCGAUUUGCCGCAAUGGGUUGCAUCAAUUGUCAAAGAGGAGUGGACCAAUGAAGUUUUCGAUAUGGAACUGAUGAAGGAUGCCUCUACCAUUGGAGAUGAGUUGCUGAACACGCUAAAACUCGCUUUGCAUUGCGUCGAUCCAUCACCGUCGGCAAGACCAGAAGUUCAACAAGUUCUACAACAACUGGAGGAGAUUAGGCCAGAAACUGCUCCCAGUUCUGGGGACGACGGAGCUGGAGGAGGAGGAGGACCCCCUUCAACAAGUGAGUGAAAAAGGGCUGCUGGGCUUAUAUCCAAAUAGGCAAACCGAGUGUUGGUUAGUUAGUUAGUUUAGUUAGUGGAUAGAACAAGAGAGGCUUCUGUGAUUCUUUCAAUUCUUUUAAGGGUGUUUUCUGCGAGAGUAAAUUAAUUUGCAAGUAGUUUUUAUUGAAUACAAUAUAUUUUAGACUC